UCUCUUUUUCUCUCGCUCGCAGCAGCCUCUCUCAAGUCUCACCACAACUGAAAACAACAACUACGUCGAGAUUAUUUAUAUUAUUAAAAAUUAAUAUACGAUGACGAACGUGGCGCCCUACUCUCGCACAACGUCGUUGAACUGCUACGAUGUACCGAAUGGUGUGGACGUCAGAGGUCGAUACGAUGAUGAGUUCGCGAAGAUUCUGACUAAAGAUGCGUUGCAAUUUGUAUCAGAGUUACAGAGGGAGUUCCGAAGCCACAUCAAGUACGCCUUGGAGUGCCGCAAGGAGGCACAAAGGAAGUACAACGCAGGAUGUUUGCCUGGUUUUGAUCCGGCGACGAGGUGCAUACGGGAAGGGGAGUGGGUAUGUGCGUCGGUACCGCCGGCCGUCGCCGAUCGGAGGGUGGAGAUCACGGGGCCUGUGGAACGAAAGAUGAUUAUCAAUGCCCUCAACUCCGGAGCCAAAGUGUUCAUGGCCGACUUUGAAGAUUCACUUUCGCUGACUUGGGAGAAGCUUAUGAGGGGUCAAGUUAACUUGAAGGACGCAGUAGAUGGGACCAUAACCUUCUAUGACCAGGCGAGAAACAGGCUUUACAAACUCAAUCAUCCUCACACGGCCAAACUCUUUGUCCGCCCUAGAGGGUGGCACCUGCCUGAAGCCCACAUUCUCGUAGACGGUGAACCUGCAACUGGCUGCCUGGUGGACUUUGGCCUCUACUUUUACCAUAAUCAUGCCACCUUCCGCCGGACACGAGGUGCAGGCUAUGGCCCUUUCUUCUAUCUCCCAAAAAUGGAGCAUGCGAGGGAAGCCCGCAUAUGGAAUUCUGUGUUUGAAAGGGCAGAGACAAUGGCAGGGCUAGGCAGUGGAAGCAUUAGGGCUACAGUUCUCAUUGAGACUCUGCCAGCUGUUUUUCAAAUGGAUGAAAUUCUCUAUGAGCUAAGGGAUCACUCAAUUGGUUUGAAUUGUGGAAGAUGGGACUACAUUUUCAGCUAUGUCAAGACUUUCCAGGCUCACCCUGAUCGCUUGCUCCCAGACCGGGUUCAGGUUGGAAUGACUCAGCACUUUAUGAGAAGCUACUCUGAUCUUCUCAUUCACACUUGCCAUAGACGUGGUGUGCACGCCAUGGGCGGAAUGGCAGCUCAAAUUCCAAUCAGAGAUGAUCAAGUGGCGAAUGAGGCAGCAUUGGAGUUGGUGAGAAAAGACAAACUAAGAGAAGUACGGGCAGGCCAUGAUGGGACCUGGGCAGCCCACCCUGGUCUCAUCUCCGUCAUCAUGGAAGUCUUCACAAAUUACAUGGGUGCCACUCCCAACCAGAUAGAAACCAUGAAGCGAGAGGAUGCAGCCAUUGUGACUGAAGAAGACCUCUUACAAAGACCCAGUGGUGUCCGGACAAUGGAAGGCCUCCGACUGAAUACCCGGGUUGGAAUCCAAUACCUAGCAGCAUGGCUCACCGGAACCGGGUCAGUGCCUCUUUACAACCUCAUGGAGGAUGCUGCCACUGCUGAGAUUAGCAGAGUUCAGAACUGGCAAUGGUUGAAGUAUGGGGUAGUUUUGGACGGAGACGGGCUUGGGGUGAAGGUGAGCUUGGACCUCUUUGCUAGGGUGGUAGAAGAAGAAAUGGCCAAGAUUGAGAAAGAGGUAGGUGAGGAAAAGUUCAAGCACGGCAAGUACAAGGAAGCUUGUAAGAUCUUCAAUCGGCAAUGCACAGCUCCUACCCUGGAUGAAUUCCUGACGUUAGAUGCAUAUAACCAUAUUGUCAUCCAUCACCCCAACGGAUCCCCUAGGCUCUAAAAUCUCAUCAUGUAGAGAAGCCUAUUAGGGUCUAUUGUUUGGUGAUCAAAUUAUCCAAAACAAUGACUAUAUGAUCUUGAGGUCUCUCUAAUGCUCUGAACACAAAACUAUCUAGAAGCCUAUGUUUAUAAUAUUCCUCAUAUUUCAGAGUUUGCUGUUAUUAUCUUCUGUUGUGAUCAUCAUCUUCAGGUAUGUCUUGUGUCACAGUAGUCAAUCAUACUACCUGUAAUAAUAACUUUAAUUGUUUGUAUGGUAUCAUCAGUGAUCUAAAUUCACAUGUUACUCUCUAUC